ACAGCAACUACAACAACACAAUCACUGCCUGCCGCUUCAGACUGGCAAGGGAACACUGAAAGGAGAGGAUCCUCCUCUUUUUUUUCUUUCUACAUUAUUCCCCCCUAUUUUUGCCUGCUCGAUUUUAGAUCCUUGUACAAAGCAAUGGCUGGUACAACCUUACCAGCCUGUUACAGGCGCAUCAGAUGGGACCUCUCCUAGGGCAAGAGAAAGGCAAAGCAGAAAGGGAAUUUCAGAGGUUUAGAUCCCCAGACAUCUCCUAGAUAGCUUGAGAACUAGACAGCAGGGCACUGGCAGCCUUUCUUAAUUGCAGCCCCCAUCAAUGUGAGACUUGCCCAGGGAGGUGCUUUCUCUUGCCUUUAUUCCCCUGCCAUUGGAUCCGUGUAUUUGUUUUAACUGUUCCAUGUCCUGUUAUUCCACUAUUUGAUGUUUAGUCUGUGUUUUACAUUCAUUGCUUCCAUUGCCCUACUCCCACAUUAGUUCCCCUUGUUGUUUGUGAGAAGGUGCUCCCCACACCCCUGGGAUUUCCCAAACACUCCAAAAGGAAUCUUUUCAUUUAUAGAACAAGGACUGACAGUCACCAUCACCACCUCCUCCUCCUAACCAUGGGAUGCUGUGGGAGCACACAGAACUCAAAGCGAGACUGGAGGCCGCUGGAGGAGCACAGCUGUACUGAUAUCCCAUGGCUGUUACUUUUUGUCCUUUUCUGUGUUGGGAUGGGGUUUAUUUGUGGAUUCUCCAUUGCCUCUGGAGCAGCAUCGCGCUUGGUAUCCGGUUAUGAUAGCUAUGGAAAUAUUUGUGGCCAAAAAAAUACUAAGUUGGAGGGGAUUGAACAGAGUGGGCUUGAUCACACAAAUCACAAAUAUGUUUUUUUCUUGGAUCCCUGCAAGCUGGAUCUAGUACACCGAAAGAUCAAGUCUGUAGCUCUGUGUGUCUCUGAAUGUCCGCGGGAAGAGCUGAAAACAUUAAGUGAUGUACAAAAAUUUGCAGAAAUCAAUGGGUCAGAGUUGUGUGAUUACUCACUCAAACCGUCGGAGUAUACGACCGCUUCAUCACUUUGUCCGAAGCUUCCAGUGCCACCAAGUGCACCUAUUCCAUUCUUCCAUCGCUGUGCUCCUGUGAACAUUUCCUGCUAUGCCAAGUUUGCAGAAGCCCUGAUCACUUUUGUCAGUGACAAUAGUGUCCUACACAGGCUGAUUAGUGGAGUAAUGACCAGCAAAGAAAUUAUUAUGGGACUUUGCUUGUUGUCACUAGUGUUAUCCAUGAUUUUGAUGGUUAUAAUAAGGUUUAUCUCCAGAGUACUUGUGUGGAUCUUGACUAUAUUGGUGAUUUUGGGCUCGCUUGGUGGCACAGGGGUUCUGUGGUGGAUGUACGCUAGUCAGAGGAAGUCGAUCGAUGAAAACCUUCCACCAGAUCAGCUUCAAGUAGCUCAAGACAAUCUCCAGGCCUUGCUCGUCUAUUCCAUUGCUGCCACUGUCUUUACCGUUAUUCUGCUGCUCAUCAUGCUGAUUAUGCGUAAACGGGUCGCUCUCACUAUUGCCUUGUUCCAUGUGGCUGGGAAAGUAUUCAUUCAUCUCCCACUACUAGUCUUCCAGCCCUUCUGGACCUUCUUUGCCCUACUCUUGUUCUGGGUUUACUGGGUCAUGGUUCUGCUCUUAUUGGGAACUGCAGGUGAACCGUUUGUUAAUGAGGCAGGGUUUGUAGAGUUCAGGAUCAAUGGUCCUCUGCAAUACAUGUGGUGGUAUCACGUGGUGGGUCUCAUCUGGAUCAGUGAGUUCAUUUUGGCCUGCCAGCAGAUGACCAUCGCAGGAGCCGUGGUGACUUAUUAUUUUACCAGAAACAAGGGAGAUUUGCCUUUUACUCCUAUAUUGGCCUCGGUAAGUCGGCUUAUUCGAUACCAUCUUGGGACAGUGGCCAAAGGAGCAUUUAUUAUCACGUUGGUGAAGAUUCCACGUAUGAUCCUCAUGUAUAUUCAAAGCCAGCUCAAGGGAAAGGAAAAUGCUUGUGCUCGCUGUAUGCUGAAAUCUUGUAUCUGCUGCCUGUGGUGCCUGGAAAAGUGCCUCUCCUAUUUAAAUCAGAAUGCAUACACAGCCACUGCCAUCAACAGCACGAACUUCUGCACUUCUGCAAAAGAUGCACUCAUUAUUCUAGUGGAAAAUGCUCUAAGAGUUGCCACCAUCAAUACAGUGGGAGAUUUUGUACUCUUCCUCGGCAAGGUCCUAAUCAUGAGCAGUACAGGCCUGGCAGGAAUUAUGUUACUCAACUACCAGCAGGACUACACAGUGUGGGUGCUUCCACUCAUCAUUGUCUGCUUGUUUGCCUUCUUGGUUGCUCACUGCUUCCUGUCUAUCUAUGAAAUGGUGGUGGAUGUCCUCUUCCUCUGUUUCGCUAUUGAUACAAAAUAUAAUGACGGAAGUCCGGGAAAGGAAUUCUACAUGGAUAAAGUUCUCAUGGAGUUUGUGGAAAGCAGUCGAAGAGCCAUGAAAGAGACCGGCAGUGCUGCAGAGGGCAGGGAGCUAAAACCGAUGGCUUCGGGAACAAGUACAGCUUGAAUCUAGCCCAGCAAUAUUGGAGCCCAUUGACAUUCCAAAAUAAACACACGCAGCCAAAACAAAUGCAGGGUUUAUAACCUUCUGUUUAUAAUAUCUUCAUAUAUAUUUUUGCUUAUGCAUCAUGGGUUGCUGCAAGCAGCAUUGUUACUUUACUUUUUUUUGUGUGCAGAGCGUGAAACGGACAAGCUAUUUAUUCGGUGGGGGAAAUAAUCACAAAUGAGAGUGGACAUUGCUUUAUUGUUGGGUUUCCAUUAAAAUACAGAGGGAGGCAUGACAACCGUACACCCAUGUUGUUUUACAUUAUAUUAUUUUACUCUCAAAGAAACAGAGUUUCUCAACCAAAUCUUCAAUGCUGCUUGACCAAAUUAGAUUAAAAAAAGACUUUGCUUUUUGAUCACUCUAAAAUAUUCAGUUUCAUAUUGUAUCUGCAACAACACUCAACGGUUGCGUCAGUCCACCCUGUUAGUAUUUAAAUGAUCAUUCCUCUGCAGAUUUUGAUAACAUUACAGAAGCUGUAAAAGGAAUACCAGUAGUACAACUCUAGUCAAUGGACUAGAUGACUAAGAAACAUGAUACAGAUUUGCAAUAUGAAUUCAUUUGUUUAAAAUUUCCCAGUCAUCUGUAUCCUUCUUAGCGUGUCAGCAAUAUUCCAUACAAAGUAAUGUAACAUUUAUCCAAAUGCUACUUCAAAGUUUGGUUUAAUAACUACAUAAAUGUAUGUAAGCAUUGCUUCUCAAUUUCUAAAUCUGUCAGCAAUCCACCUUGCAGAGAAGCAACAGAUCCCAGUUACCCAGAGGAGCUAUAUGAUAAUAAAAACUAUUAUUUGUACAAUAUCAAUUUCUGAUGACCGAGCCAUUAAAUGGCAAACUACGGGCCUACUUAGUCAAAGGAAGAAUUUCUAGAAACGAUAAAAAGUAUUUAAAAGCCUGUAACCCAUUUAAUCUUCUGCAUUUUCCUUUAUCUCACAAACCAUUGAAGGUAACUUGAAUACUGGGUUGAGAAGCUCUGUGCAGAAAGGAGUAAUAUAUAUAUUUUAUUAAUAAAGACUUUCUGAAUGCACGGUUACCAACAACAAUGUAUUCUAACCUAUUGAGUUGAAACCGCUGUAAAUUUUCUUUUGUUUGUAUAGAUUUACAUGCCACAGACCUUUUUUUUCCUACAUCUUGAUAUAUCCAUGGGAUCAGAUUAUUUUUGAAAUUGCACUAAAAUAUUCACAUGUUGGAGAUUCUUUUUAAUAACUUUGUAACAGGUUCUCAAAAAAGGUGAACGUUUACAUGGACAACAGGCAAUCAGAUGCUUACUAGACUUACUAAUAACAAACAUGUCAGUAAACAUUUUGUGAACUUAAAAUUUUCAUUUAAAAUGUUGAUGUUAAUUCAUGCAAUUGCUGCCUGCUUGCAUACAAGUCAGUUUAAUUUCAUUAUUAUGUUGUUAAUUCCCCCACACGCCACCUUCUCAGUUUAUCUAUUUAUUCACGUGGGGCUCAGGUUUACUGACUCUUGGUUGUAUCAUCACCAGACAGCUGGUUUGUUGGUGAGUGUCUAUGCAGAACACAUCUAUGCCAACACAAGAUGUGAUACAACAGUCAUGAUUGUGGUGUACUGAUAUUCUUACCUUGUUGGAGCAAGAGGAUCCAUGUGAUGUGGUAUGCCCCUUGUGUGGACUUAAGCUUUGGCAGGGCUUGUUUAGCAAUAUUUUUGUGAGCUGGCCUCUUUAGUUUGCCAAUUCAGAUUGCCAAUUCAGCCUGUCUAAGCUUCAUGUUAAUGGUCCAUUGCUCGUGAGUCUAAUAGAAUUACUAGAACAAAGGGCCGUGAGAAAUUUGAACUAUGUCUAAUAAAAAUGUUUUCUAAUA